CUAAAACCCUAAACCCGUGAAACAGAAUAUCUUAGCAUUCCAUUUCUUAUGCUUCUCGAUUCUCCAUUUCUAAUCAAGUAAUCGAUUUUUGGGAGAGCAGCCAUGGCUCUCUUUCGAUUUGCCUUUUAUCGGAAGCUUCGGCUACGGCUUUGCGGUGGUGGCGGCGGCGAAGCAAGUGUUAAUCCGUUCGGGUCGCCAUGCUUUCGUUCACAUCGAGCUCUCUUCUCGACUCAUAAGCUCAUCGGCGAAGAGCCAGUUCUCGUUCGGGAUUUCAUACACACUGCACUGUACGAUCCAAAGCAUGGUUACUUCUCAGAAAGAUCACUUUCGGUCGGAGUUCUGGAGAGAAGCAUUAAGUUUAACCAUCUUGAAGGCCGGAAAGCAUAUAUGAAUCUCUUGGACAAAAUCUACAAACAGAGUGACAUUUCUUGGUUUACCCCAGUGGAGCUUUUCAAGCCUUGGUAUGCUCAUGGCAUUGCAGAAGCCAUACUGAGAACCACAAAUCUCAAAGUUCCUCUAAAGAUAUAUGAAAUUGGAGGUGGUUCUGGAACUUGUGCCAAGGGUAUAUUGGAUUACAUAAUGUUGAAUGCUCCUGAGAGAAUCUACAACAACAUGACCUACACUUCUAUAGAAAUCAGUCCUUCAUUGGCUGAUAUUCAAAAGGAGACUGUUGCACAAGUUGGAAGUCAUAUGUCGAAGUUUCGAGUCGAGCGUCGUGAUGCAUCUGAUCGUGCUGGAUGGGGGGAUUUAGAGCAACAACCAUGCUGGGUAAUUAUGCUAGAGGUGCUAGAUAAUCUUCCACAUGAUCUUGUGUAUUCCGAAAAUCAAGUUUCUCCAUGGAUGGAAGUCUGGGUUGAAAAGAAACCAGGCAGCGAAACACUCACUGAACUGUACAAGCCUUUGGAUGAUCCACUGGUCAAGCGCUGCAUUGAAAUGGUCGAACUUGAAGAUGGACCUCCCUCAUUGGCGAAAAACAUUUGGUCUAAAAUAUUUCCCAAACCUAGACGUAGUUGGCUUCCUACGGGUUGUUUGAAACUGCUAGAGGUUUUACAUGAAAAACUGCCAAAGAUGUCACUGAUAGCCUCCGACUUUAGCUACCUGCCCGAUGUGAAAGUGCCUGGUGAAAGGGCCCCAUUAGUCUCGACUAAGAAAGAUGGCCGUAGCUCGGAUUACAAGAGUUAUUUGGAAGCUAAGGGUGAUGCUGACAUAUUUUUUCCGACAAAUUUCUGGCUGUUGGAACGGAUGGACCAUUAUUGUUCAGGCUGGUCAAAGAUGGAGAAAGACGGCAAAUCAUCGAAAAAAGGGAAGAGGAGGAGAACCCUCACGCUGGAUACAUCAGCGUUCAUGGAGGAGUUUGGGUUGCCAUCGAAGACGAGAACAAGGGACGGAUACAAUCCCUUACUAGACGACUUCAUGAACACAAAGUUCUACCUCAGUGUUCCGACGCACAACACCAAGUGACAGAUCGACCUGAUGACACAAGUCAUCUACUCAUCUUCACGCCAUCAUCACAUGUUGUUGCUUCAGUCAAGUGAAGGAAGAGUUAGACAACUUUGCUAUUUUGAUUAUAUAUAUAUAUAUAUAUAUAUACAAUAAUUGCACAGUAAUGAACUUGGAGAUCGCAUCAAAGGGUUUUUAAUUCUGUUCAAUAUUGAUACACAAUGAAUCAAAAGAAUCCCUAUACCUUUUGAA